CCGAGAAUGAAGGUAGGUGAAGCCUCAGCCAAUAAGCUUUUAGCAGGAAGGAAACACAGAGUCACACGGAAAUUGCGUAGAGUCACUGCUGUACCAACGUGCUAACGGUAAAGCAUCUCUAGGAGCCAAAUCAGUGUGCAGUCAUGUGGCCUUUGGUCUGGACGGCGAUGCGCACCUACGCUCCUUACAUCACUUUCCCCGUGGCCUUCGUCGUGGGAGCCGUGGGCUACCAUCUGGAGUGGUUUGUCAGGGGGACCCCGACACCCCGGGAGGACCGGAGCAUCCUGGAGCUGAGGGAGGAGAGGAAGCUGCAGGAACAAGCGGGCAUGGACAGCACCCAGGUGCUCAGCCUGAAGGACAGACUGGAGUUCGCACCCAAAGCGGCUCUGAACAGAAACCGCCCUGAAAAGAGCUAACCCGCAGUGGGCGGUAGAGACUGGUUUGUUUAGUACCGAUGGAGAGAGGUGGUAUAGGGGGAGAAAAGGGGUUGAACCAGAGUGACAAAACACUCGCUCUUGCCAUUUACCAACACAGUGUCACUCCUGCCACCAAGAGGCAUUAGCAUACGUGUGUAAAUAUCAGACACCUUUUACAAGGUAGACGGCUGAUAAGAAUAAAGAAGGUAUUCUCAGUCUGUUAAUGGACUCACGUGUAUGCACUGUUUGUGUUUUUUUUACCAUCCCUCUCACGUUGCUCUUGCCUGUUUGUGCAUGGAUGUAUAACAAAAGCAAGACACUGGAACGACAAACUCUAAAACAUGGAACCUCUGGAUGAUUAAGUUGUGUCCUGGCUUUAUUAACAUCGUAUUGUUGCAACUAUGGCACAAACAUGUUGUGUCUUCGCUGGUAAAUCUCACAAAUGUUAGGCUACUUGUUUUGUCACUUUCUCUUUGUCACAAUUGUGUUUCUCCUUUAAUGUUCCGUGGUACGUCGAGGAAGGACGUCAGAUUGUCAACAUGAAAGCAAAGAAAGCAAGGCGUGCGUGUGUGUGUUGUGUUAGUUCUUUUUAUCUCGGCUGUCCUUUGAUGGUAUGUGACAAUAAGCCAACAGUAGUGUGGGAGGUCUCUCAGGAAGUUUAAGCUGCUUAGUCCUAUAGCCUGAAACAUCCGCACAUUUUUAUUUUAAAGGGUCCACAGUUUGUGUGGUUGUGUUUUUGAAAAGUGUGAUAAAUAAAGGAACGUGUUUUCAUGCCUCUCACUGUAAACUCAUCAGUUAAUGUGGGCAUUUUUCCAGAAUAAUAAAGAAAUAGACAUGA